CAACUCUGAACAUUUACAAUUCUUCUAUACGCAAAAACAAGAAAACUCAAAUCAAAGGCCACCAACAACAAUCAUCAAUUUGAAAUCAUAAAAACCAUUAAUAAUAAAAACCACAAUCAGCUCAUUUUGACACUUAAGGAGACGGAUAGUAAAAGAAAAAGGCAAAAAUGGGUUCCGUCAAUGUGAAUCGUAAUGUCACCGACAUUUUCUAUCGCUACAAAAUGCCACGUUUGCAGGCUAAGGUCGAGGGCAAAGGUAACGGUAUUAAGACCGUAAUUGUCAAUAUGGCUGAAGUGGCACGCGCCAUUGGACGCCCGGCCACCUAUCCGACCAAGUAUUUUGGCUGCGAAUUGGGCGCUCAAACCCAAUUCGACUAUAAGAAUGAACGUUUUAUUGUGAAUGGAUCGCACGAUGCCUGCAAAUUGCAGGAUUUACUCGAUGGCUUCAUACGCAAAUUCGUCUUGUGUCCAGAAUGCGAUAAUCCUGAGACCGAUUUAACCGUUUCAGCUAAGAAUCAAACCAUUUCGCAAGCAUGCAAAGCUUGCGGCUUCCAUGGACUCUUAAAAGUCAACCACAAGGUGAACACUUUCAUUUUGAAGAAUCCGCCGACAGUGAAUCCGGCCGCACAAGGCUCUUCACUGACCGAGGGCAAGCGCUCGAAACGUGGCCAAAAGAAGAAUGGCGAGAAUGGUGUAGAAGGUGGUGAAAAGGGUGCUAGCAAUUCGGGUGGUGAAUCGGAUGGCGGUAGCGGCAACCAGGCCAGUCAAACUGAGGCCGAAAUAAGUGCUGCUAUACCGGAGAAAAAUGGUGAUGAUGAUGAUGACGAUGCUAACUGGAGUGUUGAUGUGUCGAAGGAAGCCAUUCGCGCUCGCUUGCAAGACCUUACCGACGGAGCCAAGGGUAUGACCAUUUCUGAUGAUUACGACAAGACUGAAAAGGAGCGCAUUGACAUCUUUUAUGAGCUGGUGAAAAAGAAGCGUGAUGCUGGUGAACUCGACUCGGUAGCCGUACACAAGGAGUUGAUGAUCGAAGCGGAACGUUUGGAUAUAGUGCACAAGGCUACGCUUGUUCUAGCCGAACUGCUCUUCUCCGACAACAUAACGCAAGAGGUGCGCAAAAAUCGUAUUCUUCUGCUGCGCUUCACACACAAUAACCCCAAAGCUCAACGUUAUCUUAUCGGCGGUUUGGAACAGAUAAUCGCUUUGCAUUCGGCCAAAUUGAUGCCCAAGGUAGCUGGUAUCUUCAAGCUAUUUUACGAUUCGGACAUACUUGAGGAGAAGUCCAUAUUGGAGUGGUCGCAGAAGGUUAGCAAGAAAUACGUUUCGAAGGAUGUAGCCACGGAGAUACACGAAAAAGCCAAACCCUUCAUACAAUGGCUCAAGGAGGCCGAGGAAGAGGAAUCCUCUGAGGAGGAUGAGAAUGAUUCCGAUGUAGAGAUUGAGUAUAAUGAUCGUGCACGUGUAGAGCCUUUGAAGGCUGCCGCUGUAGCUACUGCGGCCAAGAAGAUUGUCGACGACGAUGAUGAGGGUGAAGAAAUCGACAUUGAUGACAUCUAAAAAGGGCGUUAAGAAAGAAAUAGCAAACAAGAAAAUAAUAACAACAACAACAUUUGUGCGCAGUUCGAAGUGUAGCGGCGCAGCAGCAGAAAAAAAAACUUUCUUCGUUUUUCGCUAACGCAAAUGCAGUUUUUAAAAUAUCUUUUCAUGCAUUUUUUUUGCUUUUUGAAAUUCAGAUUUUUUAGCUUUCAUGCGCUCCCGCUACUAAGUUUUGUGUAGUGUAUGUGCGUGCGUAUGUCUUGUGUGUUCUUAUCACGUUGCUACUCAUACGCCACCUUGCAUUUUUAAUUGCUCUUAUUUAUUCCAUUACCAGGCGUAAUGCUUUUUCGCGGAGUCAAGGUUUAGAAAGUGGCUCAAGCGGAGCUUGCUUUUCAUUACAAUACAACACUUAACUGCUGCAAACAUUUUCGUUUGCUUAUUUUUCUAAUUGAUCUUGGAUUAUUAUUUUUUGAUUUAUGAAUUUGUUUUUUUCUUUUUUUUUUUUUUGAAUUUAAGCGUUUUUUGCGUUUAUAACAUUUAUACUUAUUUGUAACGGCAGAAAAACGACAUAGCUUCGAUUUUGCACACACACAAUCAAACCAACAAAACGAAAAAAAAAAAUUAAAAACAAAAUCAUUCACAAGCUCAGAAAAUUUAUAUAAAUAACUGUAAACCAAAAUAUUUUUGAAUAGUAGGUUAAUAUGUCAACUCUAAACACACAAAUUUCCAAUAUUGUUCUGUCUCUAUGCUUUCCACGCGAUAGGAACGCUUAGUGCUCACUUUUCCGAAAAAUAUCCGGACAGAAAUAGAUAAACAAACUGUUGCAGGUAGUUAAAGCAUACAAGAAUACUUAGAAUACGUUGACGGCCGGUGAUUAAACCGUACCAGCAGGGCUGGAUGAACUGCUACAACAGCAGAACAACAACAACUUGGAAUCGAAACUGUUCAACCUAACAAGGAUAAGAGUGCAGUAGCAGGGCUUUUGCGUUUUUCAAAGAACUGUCGUAAAUUUUAAAAUUUAUUAUGCAAGUAAAAAUGUAAAAAAAAAUUAUGAAAAUAAAAAUACAAAAAAAAUUCUAUGAAUAAAUAAAUGAAUGGUAUUCACUCGAACACAAGAAAAGGCUAUAGUAGCCAUAGGCUAAAAUAGGCGGAGGGCAAACUGACCGAAAGAAGCAUUUUUUGUGGCCCACGUGCUGCGUGGAAUAUGGUUUUUCCAAGCAGUGCUCGAUUAUUUGUAUUCUCUACUAGUACUGUUUACUGUUUGCUCGCAUUUAUUUAUUAGACUGGCAUAUUUCGAUAUGUGGGUGUGGUUUUCGAAUUUCCACUAUAUUUUUCAACAGUAAUUUACUUACUGUACAUUUUUUUUUACAUUUUCCUUAUUUGUUGUUCUCUUUUUCAGCAUUUUAGAUCGUUUCUGCAUUUUUUCGUUUAGCGUUUCCAAUAACUUGUCUGUCUUUUAUAACGAAAACAUAAAAAAAAACAAAUGGCAAACUCGCAUAAUUACAUUUUUUUUUUUGCUAAAUUUUAUUAUUUCCUACUUUUCUAGUACACACAGAAAAGCCACUUAAUGCAAACAAAGAAAAAGAACCAUCUAAAAAUUAAGAAUUAAAUGUAAAAAUUCUUGUACUACUAUUAUGUAUGUUAUAUGUAGCUAUACUGCAAUUGUGUGCAUGUAUGUACAUAUAUAUAAGCAUUCGUAUCCAAAUAAAAUAUUUUUUAAAAACUGAUCCCAAGCAACAUGCAAAAUGUCAACGAAUCCUAAUAAAAAGAAUAUUUAAAAAUGUAAAA